AAAAAGAAAAAAGUCAGUCUUCUUGCCCCCUUUUACCCCUGUGGGAAACUACGAGACCGCCCCUGGAUUAAGUCCCCGCCUUUAAACUCAAAUAAGAAGGAAACUUCAAAGGCCGUCGGCCGCCGGGGCUCCGCCCUCGCGCUCCCGAACGGCCUCACAAAGGAUUUGCCGACGUUCGGGAAUUCCGCCUCCAGUUCCUUUUAUAGCGCCACUCGUGCGCUGGCUUGGUUCCAGGAUCCCGCCCAUCCCGGUUACUUUGACAACACAAAGGACUUCACGGAACUCGCAGGCGCCGCCUCCUUUUCCAAAUAAGGGCAGUCUCUCCAUGUACGGCAAACAAUCGGUGCGAGAUUGCCCUUUUCUCUUCCUUAUCCCGUUUAUAUGAUCGGAGAGGAACUGCGCUUCAGGUUGGAAGCGGUGCGAACAUGGCCGAGCGAGUCCAGCAGCCCCCAGCCAAGCGGCUCUGCUGCAGGCCCGGCUACAACCCGGCAUGCAGACAGGGGCAGCGGGCUGGAGGAGUCCUGUGUGGCGGCGCGGGGUCCGCUCCGGGAGGGUCGGGGAAUGGAAAAACGCACAACCCGGAGUCGUUGCUCGACAUCGCGGCGCGCAGAGUCGCGGAGAAGUGGCCGUUCCAGAGGGUGGAGGAGCGGUUCGAGAGGAUCCCGGAGCCCGUCCAGCGGAGGAUCGUAUAUUGGUCAUUCCCGAGAAGCGAGAAGGAGAUCUGUAUGUAUUCCUCUUUCAACGCCGGAGGAGAGGAAAGUGGAACUAGCGGGGACAAUAAUGACGAGACCCAGCUGCCUUUCCUACGGGGUGUCACUCUGCUGGAGGGUGGCUGGGUGGACAACGUAUUGCAAGUCGGUUUCCACCUCAGCGGCACAGUGACGGACCCCGCCACCCCCUCGUCCCCUGAACUCGUCUGCAGCGUCAGCGUCAGCUUCGACCGCUGCAAAAUCACGGCGGUGACGUGCACCUGCGGCAACAAAGACAUCUUCUACUGCGCCCAUGUAGUGGCGCUGUCGCUUUACAGAGUACGGAAGCCCGAGCAGGUCAAACUGCACCUGCCCAUCUCGGAAACGCUGUUCCAGAUGAGCAGAGACCAGCUGCAGAAGUUCGUCCAGUACCUGAUCUCAGUCCACCACACCGAAGUGUUGCCUACCGCGCAGAAACUGGCUGACGAGAUUCUGUCCCAGAACUCUGAGAUCAACCAGGUCCACGGGGCCCCGGACCCCACGGCAGGAGCCAGCGUGGACGACGAGAAUUGCUGGCAUCUGGACGAGGAGCAGGUUCAGGAGCAAGUCAAGCUCUUCCUGUCGCAGGGAGGAUACCACGGCUCGGGAAAGCAACUCAACCUGCUCUUCAGCAAGGUGAGGGAGAUGCUGAAGAUGCGUGACUCCAACGGAGCGAGAAUGUUAACACUUAUCACAGAACAGUUCAUGGCCGACCCUCGGCUGGCGCUGUGGAGACAGCAGGGCACCACCAUGACCGACAAGUACAGACAGCUCUGGGACGAGCUAGGGGCCCUCUGGAUGUGCAUCGUACUGAACCCUCACUGCAAACCCGAGCAGAAGUCCUCGUGGCUGCGCCAGCUGCGCAGAUGGAACAGCGUGGACGUCUGCCCCUGGGAGGACGGUAACCACGGCAACGAGCUGCCCAACCUCACCCACUCACUGCCUCAGGGUGCCCAUGGCAACCAAGAAAUGCGUCCCCAUCGGACCGUGUUCACUCGGGCCAUCGAGGCCUGUGACCUGCACUGGCAGGACCGACACCUCCAGCACAUUAUCGCCAGUGACCUCUAUGCCAACUACUGUUACCAUGACAACCAGGAGGGCUCCCUCUUUGACUCACGCGGCUGGCCCUUAUGGCACGAACACGUCCCAACAGCUUGUGCGAGAGUGGAUGCCCUACGUUCCCACGGUUACCCAAGAGAAGCCCUCCGAUUGGCCAUCGCUGUAGUGAACACGUUACGGCGGCAACAGCAAAGGCAACUCGAGCACUUCCGCCGACACAAGAAAGAGUUGCUCCAUAAAGGCCAUACCUCCAUAACCAACAUGGAGGGCUGGGUGGGACACCCGCUGGAUCCCAUCGGCACCCUGUUCAGCACCCUGACAGAGUCGGGACGGGGGGGAGAUGAGGGCGGCAACACCUGCUUGGACCUCUCAGAUUGCUCCAGUGUUGUCAGCAGAGCAGAACUCCAACGGAUGCCCGUGCAACGAUUGUUAGGAGACGGCGAAUCAUACGUGGCGCUGGCGGUGGAGACGGCUCUGGUCGGCUUGGGCCAGCAGCGGGUGAUGCCCGACGGGCUUUACGCUCAAGAGAAGGUGUGUCGCAACGAAGAGCAGCUACUGGCGAAGCUGCAGGAAGUGGAACUGGACGACUCCCUGGUCAAAAUCUUCCGCAAACAGGCCGUCUAUCUGCUAGAGGCUGGUCCGUACUCUGGCCUCGGUGAGAUCGUCCACAGAGAGAGUGUCCCCAUGCACACCUUCGCCCGCUAUCUCUUUACCUCUCUCCUACCUCACGACGCUGAACUGGCGUACAAAAUUGCACUGAGAGCCAUGAGGUUGCCGGUGUUGGAAUCGACGGCCUCGUCCGGUGACCUGUCUCGACCCCACCACAUCGUUUCUGUGGUGCCCAACCGCUACCCGCGCUGGUUCACCCUGAGCCACAUAGAGUCUCAGCAGUGUGAGCUUGCCUCCACCAUGCUCACCGCAGCCAAAGGUGACAGUCGGAGGCUGGAGACGGUCCUGGAGUCCAUCCAGAAAAACAUCCACUCCUCGUCUCACAUCUUCAAACUGGCACAAGAUGCGUUCAAGAUCGCCACUCUGAUGGACAGUCUGCCUGACAUCACACUUCUCAAAGUCUCUCUGGAGCUGGGGCUGCAGGUGAUGAGAAUAACUCUGUCCACAUUAAACUGGAGGAGGAGAGAGAUGGUGCGCUGGUUAGUCACAUGUGCCACUGAAGUUGGUGUGUAUGCACUGGACAGCAUUAUGCAGAGCUGGUUCACACUCUUCACUCCAACAGAGGCCACCAGUAUCGUGGCCACCACCGUCAUGUCCAACAGCACUAUCGUCCGCCUCCACCUGGAUUGCCACCAGCAGGAGAACCUGGCCUCCUCCGCCCGCACCCUCGCCCUGCAGUGUGCCAUGAAGGACCCCCAGAACUGCGCCCUCUCCGCCCUCACACUCUGUGAAAAGGACCACAUUGCCUUCGAGACAGCCUACCAGAUUGUACUGGACGCAGCAGCGACGGGGAUGAGCUACACGCAGCUCUUCACCAUAGCCCGCUACAUGGAACACCGCGGUUACCCGAUGAGGGCGUACAAGCUAGCAACAUUAGCAAUGGCUCACCUGAACCUUAGUUACAACCAGGACACACACCCAGCCAUCAACGAUGUGCUGUGGGCCUGUGCACUUAGCCACUCGCUAGGGAAAAACGAGCUGGCCGCCGUGAUCCCUCUUGUGGUAAAAAGCGUGAAGUGUGCCACCGUGCUUUCAGACAUUUUGCGGCGGUGCACGCUGACCACACCGGGCAUGGUGUCAGCACUACACAGCCGCAGGAACUCUGGGAAGCUGAUGUCCCUGGACAAGGCGCCGCUCAGGCAGCUGCUGGACGCAACCAUCGGGGCCUACAUCAACACAACACACUCGCGGCUCACACACAUCAGCCCGCGCCACUACAGCGAGUUCAUCGAGUUCCUGGGUAAAGCCCGGGAGACUUUCAUGAUGGCUCACGACGGACACAUUCAGUUCACACAGUUCAUAGACAACCUGAAACAGAUCUACAAGGGCAAAAAGAAACUAAUGAUGCUGGUGAGGGAGAGGUUCGGCUGAGGGCGGGGCUCCCCUCCCACUCUAGUACUUUUCUAUUAACUUGAGUCUGCCUUUUGAACUUCUUUUGGACAAAUACAAUAGACAAGUAAAAAGAGGGAUGUGACUUGUAGAAUGAAGCAAAAAGAGAAAGGAAAAGAUGACAAAAAAAUCAACAGAGCCACACGCGGUAUUAUUGUUCUUGCUGUUGUUAUUGUUAUAAACAUUAUUACUAUUAUUAUUAUUAAUAAUAUUAUUACUACUAUGUGUACAGAAGUGUUUUUAUUUUUCAGAAGAGAGGAAAUUUGUCAUGUUGUGAAUGUUGUGUGUAUUUCUCUACAUGUGUGCGAGAGGAAAAUGAAAAGUGAAAUGGCUUUUAAAAAUUUUGGUUCCUUUAAUUAUUUUUUAAGCAUCUUUUUUUUUUCCCCCUUUUUCAGUGUACAAUGAUUUUAAAAGUUGUCAAGUGGCCGAAACCCUUCUACGAUAGCGCUCAUGAAAAAAACAAAACAAAAGCAAAGAAGUAGAAAAAAAGAAUCACUGCAUCCUCAAAGAGAAACUAAGGCUUUAAACCACACGGAGCACCUCAGUCUGUCCAGGCCCUUGCUGUUUGGGCGCUGGGCAGCACUGCACAGCUUAGCUUGGCUCAGCUCGGCUCAGCUUGGUUAAGCACUGACAGAAAGCAGCCAUCAGCAUUUCUUUAGACACAGCAGUAACAGCAGCAACAGCACUUGAGCAGCCAUUGGUUUUCUCUUGGUCGCAGGAAUUCAACCAUGUUUGCACAGCAGCCAUUUUCCUCUGAUGUCAAACUGCCCUCACACACCGUCAACAUGUUGCACUCCUUUUUUCCAGGUUGUAAGUCAUCGUUUAUCUGGAAGCAUCGGCUUCUAGCUCAAUGACCAAAUAAACAACCAGAAAGAAAUUGAACAAUAUUUCAAGGUAAAACAACAUAUUGGAUUACUCCUUACUACACAUGUAGUGUACACAGUUAAUGCUAGCAUUCAACCACUUCCAAUUUAUAAUAGAUUCCCAGGCCAAGGUUAAGUUUGCUAGAAAGUCGAGGCGUUCCUAUUUUGUCGUGUCACACUACCAAAUGUAAUAGCUUUAAGCGAAAUCUUAGCUAGCAGUUUCAUCAUCUGAUAAGUAGAUAAAAGCUUGUCUAGCCUUUGAUAAUUAUCAAUUCUACAAUUUCUACGUUUGGACAACAGGUAAUGCCGGCUUUUAAAAUAAACUUGCUAGCUCAAUAAAAACCUAGCUAACAGUAUGUUACCAAGAAAUUCAAGCCAUUAUGUUACACACGUAUAGGUUUUAGCAAUUUCCUAGCUAACAAAAACAUUAUCUUAUAAGUAACUUAAUGCAACAUUAGCUUUUGUAUAACCUGAUUGUUUUUCAAUUGUACAAUUUUUGUCCAAAUGUUAGCUUUUAACCACUUGCUAGCUAAAUAAGUACCUAGCUAUAAAUUUAAGCUUCUAAUUGUGGCAUGUCACACUAUCAAUAGUGUGGUGGAAAUUAUGUAGCAUUACCAAAACUUUUUGAAGCUUUCAUUUACUUCCUAGCUAUGUGUUUUACCAUGUAAGAUGCUGAAUGCUGAUAUUAACCGUUGUCAAACUUAAGCUAGUAGUCAGAGUUGUUUUAACUUGAAACAUGGUCACAUUUCUCUGGCUAACAAUCCAGACGUGGCAGAUACACAAAUGUAUAUGAUACACAAACUGCAACACAGCCUUACGAUAUUAUAACCUUCUUUUAGCAUCCCAACCUGAGCGUGACAUCAGAGGAAAAUGGCUGCAUGAACAUGGUCAAUUAGCGUCAUUAAACACAACUAAAGCCUACUUGUGUUAUUUUAAUUGUUGUAAUCUUCCCCACCUCCAUAAUGAAUACCUGUUAAAGACAGAGUCACGUGUGCAGGCUACAGAUAAUGAGUAUUAUUGUUACUUUAAUGUAAUGUAGUCCAGCUGUGAUUUUUUUUUAACAGCCUUAGUUCGACCGUUAUUGUUGGAUUUCGAGACUUUGUUGAUACCCAGAGGGAGACGACUACCUCAUGAUACGGUAUUGAACCUGCUCCCAUUUUAUUUUUGUGAUCAUGAUAUUUAUCAUCCAUGAUAGCUGACAGUGUUAAUUAAACAGGAGAUCCACUAGCGGGACCAAGGUUAUGAGGAGAAGCUGAGUCAGAUUCCUGCUGAGGUGUUUCUGCGCUCGGCUUUGCUGUACAUCACUGCCCCGGCAUUGGUACUUACACCCCGAAAAAACAACAGGCUCUAACACACUGAGAUAUGUCAGUCCUCUCUCAUAUUUACAGCCACCAUUGUAUUUUCAGACUAGGCCAGUGUCAUUUCCCUCUGUGCAUGUGAAUCAUAGAAAUUAGACUUUCUACUGUUAUAGGUCAUUGUGUUGAACCUUCAGUAAUUGUCAACCAGAACGUUCUCAGGGAUUUCUCUACACAGGAAAAAAAGGCGGAACAAAUGAACGACUGACUACAGGAGAAGAAAAAAAAGACAAAAACACAACACAAACAUGAGCGAGCAUUUAUUGUACUCUGUAUAUAUGCCAUAGUAUAUGUCUGAAUAUGGAGGAUCUGAAAGUAUAUGUUAACUAAUUUAUACAGAGUAUUCUAUGUAAUGUGAAAUACUUGAAGCCGCUGUAGUUUGCUCUUUCUCUCUCUCUCUCUCGCUCCUUCUCUUUUUUGUCUUCUCUUCUUUUCUCUUUUGUUGAAAAACAGAACAUAUCAGAAGGACUGGACUGACUUUGUUGACGGCUUUUUGGACUUGUGUUCAUACUUGAGCAGCUGGAUCCUGCAGGUUGAGUCUGAUUGUGACGGUGGAGAAUAACCUUGCUCAUUCCUGCUGACUAAGAAAAGGGAUGGAGGUAGACGACUCAAUGUUUGAAAACAAUACAGGAUUUCUUGAAGUACUUAAUCAUGCAUGUAAGCUGUUGCACUAGCCUAGAUUCUCACAGGAUCCUGUGGGGAAAACAAUGAUAAUGUGCUUUAUACAGGAGCUAACUGGAGAUAAAUAAAUUCAAUAUUCAUGUAUUAUGUGUCCAGCCUUACAUGCAUUUAAGGACAUCUUCUGGCUGAAGUCUGUUUUUUUGUUGUUGCAGUAAUUAAACCCUUAUUAAAUUAACUUUUUAGUCUUGCAACUCAACAAAACUUUGAUAAUUAUGCACAGGUUCAAACUAGCUGAGAUUAAAAAAAACGAGUCUCCUCAGUUCUCCCUUUCAUUCACAGCAGAAUUUUACAGCGUCUCAUCUGCGAUGUUCAGCUGUCCUAUCAUUACUUGUCCUUUUUUUUUUUUUUUUUUUUUUACCUUCUUUAUAUGUCUGAUUUUUCUUUUUCUGUGCAUUUUUCUUUUUUCCGAUCUCGUGUUCAUUAAAGAUAAAAGCAGCCUUUUCUCUUGCCUUGUCUUAACGCUUUAAAGUAACCAAACAGGAGAUCUGUCUAACAACCAAACGCGUUCAAAGAGGUGAGAGACGACCCACCUUUGGUCCCAGCUUUAGUGUCCUUAAUUAGUAAGUGAAUGGCUGUGUAACUUAUGCUUUAACAAAGCAAUUCCUCACGUGUGUUUGGUGAAAAAAAUACGUUGUCCAGUGUCUCUUGUUCUCUUCAGAAACAAUUUCCUCUGAGUCUUUCUAGCUGUUUUUUCUUUUUUUUUUAGUUUUUAUUUUGUUUUGUUUGUGUAGGAAUCUUCUGCUCUCCCAUUUUAUUUAUUACAAUGACCCAUGUAUACAUGCUUAUGAAAUUAAGAUUUGAUACACCGAUAUCAAUUUAUUUAUGUAACUAAAUCACUGUUUUAUAAUCUUGUUAAUGAGUCAAUAAUUGAUUUUUUUGUUUUUUUGUUUUUUUGUUUUAAUAAAAGUUAGUUUUUUGAAAUGUA